AUGUUUCCUCACCAGGGUGGCCAAGGCCAACUUCCUACCCACUGGCAGCCGCCUACCUCGCAACAGCCCGCAAAUGGCUCGUAUGCGCCGCCUCCUCAUAUGAGCACCACGCUCCCACCUCCACCGCCCCAAGAGCCCCGGCCCGACAUGGCCCAACAUCCUCAGUACCAGCACCAGCAGCCCUACCGCCUGCCAGGCCCCAAUGAGUGGACCCGCGCUCCGCCUCCGCCAGAUCCAUACCGCCAGCAGCCUCCUCCACCUCCGCAAUACGUCCAGCAGCAUCACCAGCCCCCAGCUCCCCGCCAGCGCACUGCCAUUGCCUGUCGCUACUGCAGACGCCGCAAGAUUCGAUGCUCGGGCUUCGAGGCGACAGAGGACGGCCGCUGCUCCAACUGCAUGAGGUUCAACCAAGACUGCAUCUUCACCCCCGUUUCGGCACAGACGCAGGCCUUUGUGCCGGCCCACACCGUCUGGCGCGGUGUCGGCCAGCCACCGCCAAUGUACGGUGCUUAUGGGCAGCCCCUGCCCCCUGCCAGCCACGGCGAGCCCUACGGCCAGCCGUCGCGCCCGCAGCAAUAUCUGCCCAGCCCAACUGCAGGUCCGUACCAAGCUCAUUCUGAAUAUGGUCCGCCUGGUGCUUCUCCAGAUGAGGCAAGCCGUGACGCCGUGGCCGGCAGGAAGAGGCUUCACCCAGAGCCUCACACGCCUACCUUGCCUCCGCCGCACCCUGGCUCAGCGUCACAGGCUCCUCAUCGGGGCACUGGCUCAGACUAUGCCUAUCCAGAGCCACCAACUCUAACAUCGGCUGCUUCCACAGCAAAUCCUCCUCCCACGACGUACUCGUCUGCUCCUCCACCCGCCCAACCCUACUACGUCGCACAGCCCCCGCGCCAGGGCUCUCCACAGAGCGCCUAUCGCUACGAGCCCAGCCGCAACUCGUCCUCGCCGCAUUCACAAGCCCCCACAACCCCCGGCGCUCCUCCAACACCCUACUACGCCGCGCCUCAGACGAAUGGCGUCCUCCACCCUCCACCGCCCCGCAGCGAUGGCCGGACGCCGCCACCGCCACCGCCGCCCACAUCGCAAGCUUCGGCCAGGCCGAGCAUGCGCAUUAACGACCUAGUAACGGACAAUGGCCCGGCUCGCAGCUCGACCGACUCGUCGAUGCUCAACAUGCUAAACCGCCGACCCAUGUAA